UCGUGACUGUCGUAUGCGAUGUGGCUAAAUGGCUAUCCCAAGGACCUUUCACUGGGAACAGCAGUCGGACCAAGAUUAAUUGGAAACGCUAACGGGAAUAAAUUUAACCGGAAUAGCCAUAUAAACGGAGUCCUGGCCCGUCGGCGCCCGAGACGUUCUUCAAACCAGGCGAGAAAUGGCGACAAGCAUUUCCAUGCGCUCCUCUUCCUUUCUAGCCCUAAUUCCGUCCAAUCUCAAUUACCGGCGCCAUCGCAGAUCUUUUAGAACCGCCAUGGCGAGCUUGGAUCAGAGAACAUAUUCUCCAGGUGUCCAGAUUUCAGAAGGAAACGGCGGGCUUCCGAAGGUCUCUUUGAGCUCCCAUUAUGGCAGUGAGGCAGAGAUUUAUCUCCUUGGAGCCUGUGUCACAUCUUGGAAGGUUUCAAAUGGAAAUGACCUCCUCUUUGUUCGUCCAGAUGCAGUAUUUGAUGGGAAGAAACCUAUCAGUGGAGGAAUCCCACAUUGUUUCCCGCAAUUUGGACCUGGUCCUAUGCAGCAGCAUGGAUUUGCAAGGAAUAUGAGUUGGUCUAUUGCUGACUCAGACAAUGUUGAAGGGGAUCCAAUUGUAACUUUGGAACUCAAGGACGAUCUCUACAGUCGCUCAAUGUGGGAUUUCAGCUUUCAGGCUUUGUACAAGGUCACACUACAUUCUAAGAGCCUCUCAACAGUCUUAACUAUCACCAAUACAGAUAAGAAGCCCUUUUCUUUCAGCACCGCGUUGCAUACUUACUUCCGUGCUUCUGUAACAGGAGCAUCGGUGAAAGGUCUAAAAGGCUGCAAGACGCUGAACAAAGAUCCAGACCCUUCUAAUCCUUUGGAGGGUAAGGAGGAGAGAGAAGUGAUCACUUUUCCUGGAUUUGUUGAUUGCAUCUACCUUGACGCACCUAGAGAGCUUCAACUUGACAAUGGGUUGGGUGAUGUGAUUACCAUCCGAAACACAAACUGGUCAGAUGCUGUUCUGUGGAAUCCACACUUGAAGAUGGAAUCCUGCUACAGAGAUUUUGUAUGUGUUGAAAAUGCAAAGAUAGGAAAAGUCCAACUAGAACCUGAGCAAUCAUGGGUUGCAGAGCAGCAACUCGCCAUUAGCUGAUGGCAGGCUUCAGUUUUCGAAUUUGUAAAGCAACCAAGUGCGAAAAGGUUUAAGAUUUUCUAAAGAACUGAAAAAAAACCAGUAAGGAGAUCUUUGUUUCCUUUGAGCUCUCCAGAUGAUGUAAUUCUUAUUUCCCCCUUUUUUCCUUCAACCAUUGGCUGUUGCACACAGAAAAAUUUAAUGCAAAUAUCCAACAGCUGUUUAGUAUUGAAGAGAUAUCAAGGAAACAUGAAAGUUCGAUGUUUUAUCUACUUAGGAGCUAAUGAUCGGUGCAAACUGAA